AUGGGGACAUGGAAAAGUUGCUGGUUCUCAAUUCUGAUAAUGCUUGUAUUCCUAACAGACGAGUUUAGUAAAAGCAAAGGAGUACUUCCAAACUCGAGUUGCUUAAGGAGAGAGCGACAAGCACUUAUCAAAUUCAAGAAAGGUCUCCAUUAUCACUUAAGCGGAGUGUCGUCUUGGGUGGGCGAAGAUUGUUGUGCAUGGUUUGGAGUUGGAUGCGAUAACACUACAGGUCAUGUUUUGAAGCUCAACCUUCAUAGCUCCGAACUGUCUGGUGAGGUAAAUCCCUUCCUACUCGAUCUAAAACACUUGAAUUACCUGGAUCUAAGCGGUAACACUUUCCUAGGUGAAAUCCCAAGUUUCUUGGGUUCCAUGAAAAAUUUGAGGUACCUUAAUCUCUCCUCUUCACUCUUCUCUGGAGUCGUUCCUCGUCAUCUUGGAAACCUCUCAAGCUUAAAACAGCUUGAUCUUGGAGGAAAUCCAAACCUUAUCAUUGAUAACCUACAGUGGCUUUCUCAUCUGUCUUCCCUGCAACACUUGGAUUUGUCUACAGCUAUGUUCCAGAGGGUGAGUGGUUGGUUAUAUAUAAUCAACAUGCUUCCUUCACUUUCAAAGUUAUUCUUAUCUGAUUGUCACCUUGGCGACAUCCCCAUUCCUCUUCUGCAUGUGAAUUUAACAUCACUAAGAGUUCUUGAUCUUAGUGGAAAUGGAUUCAAUUCCACAGUUCCUCGUUGGUUGUUAAAUCUUACCGACCUUGAGCAACUUGACCUAAGUGAAAAUGAGUUCAAAGGCGAGAUACCAAGUACUUUGCAGGAGCUCUCCAACUUUCUUCCUUCUCUUUCAGAGUUAUUCUUAUCUGAUUCGGGACUACUUGCUGCCAACAUCCCGAGUCCGACUGCACACCACAUCAACUUCACAUCGCUUGCAGUUCUUGAUCUUAGUGGGAAUGGAUUCAAUUCCACGAUUCCUCGUUGGUUGUUCAAUCUUACCAACCUUGAACAAACUGACCUAAGUAGGAAUGAAUUCAAAGGCGAGAUACCAAGUACGUUGCAGGAGCUGUCCAAUUCUCUUCCUUCUCUUUCAGAAGUAUUCUUAUCUGAGUGUGGACUUGCUGCUAGCAUCCUCAUUCCUCCUCUCCAUGUCAACCUCACAUCGCUUGUGGUCCUUGAUCUUAGUCGGAAUGGAUUCAAUUCCAUAAUUCCUGCUUGGUUGUUUGAUCUUACCAACCUUGAACAACUCGACUUAAGUGAAAAUGGCUUUGAAGGAAAGGUACCGAGUACAUUGAAGGACCUCUGCAACUUGCGCAAAUUAGAUUUAUCACAAAAUAGACUUAGGGGAGAGAUAUUUGAAUUUCUGGGGCCUUCCUUGGAGUACAUAUACCUUUCUUUCAACUCAUUUUCUGGACAAAUCCCUGCAUCACUUGAAUUAUUCUCAUCCCUGAAAUCAUUAGAUCUUUAUUCUAAUAAUUUUAGUGGAACUGUUCCGAAAAGCCUUGGCCAACUCUCAGAACUGGAAAUUUUGGAUAUCUCAAAUAACUCUUUGAAUGGCGUCUUAUCUGAACUUCAUUUUACUAAUCUCGUGAAGUUAAAAGUGCUAGCUAUCUCCUCUAAUUCGUUGAAAUUGAAUGUGAGCUUGGAAUGGUCUCCCCCUUUCCAGUUGCAAUCCAUUAGAAUGGCAUCAUGCAAAUUGGGGCCAGGGUUCCCUUUGUGGCUUCAAACACAAAAGAUCCUCUUUGUUCUUGACAUGUCCAACACGAACAUCUCAGGUACCAUCCCUGACUGGUUCCCUAGCAUAGCUGAUACUAUCUGGUACCUUGAUCUCUCCAACAACUUGAUUUCUGGACAUAUUCCCUCAAGCAUGGGCUAUUUUCUUCCUGAGAUGCUGUUCUUAAUUCUUUCUGAUAACCGGAUCACAGGUAGCAUACCCGUGUCAUUUUGCAAAGCCAGAAAGUUGAUGUUUCUUGAUCUCUCAAACAACCAGCUAUCUGGACAGCUUCUUCAGUGUUGGGAGAAUUUCGAUUACUUGUUUAUGUUGGAUUUGGCAAGUAACAAUCUAUCUGGACAAAUUUCAAGUUCAAUGGGUUCUCUACAUGGUCUCGUGUCUUUACAUUUGAGCAAGAACAAUUUUUGCGAAGAGAUCCCAUUUGCUUUGAACAAUUUAACAAAAUUGAUUAUUCUUGAUCUUGGUGAGAAUGAAUUAUCUGGGAGAAUCCCUCCAUGGAUGGGCAAGAACCUAACAAAUCUACAUAUUCUCAGACUUGGGUCAAAUAAUUUUCAUGGUGGUAUUCCUCCACAACUCUGUCAAGUAGAGCAUCUACAAAUAUUAGACCUUGCACACAAUAAUCUAUCUGGAACCAUCCCUCGUUGUUUUGGCAAUCUUACUGCCAUGGUUUUGAAUCCGAAUACCACAAAAGAUAUUUUAAAUCUCGACUUUGGUAAUCUGCAUGUUGUCAUGGAUGGAGCCUUUCACUGGAAUCAAAGAAACCUGGAUGAUAGACUACUUAAAUUCAGCUACGACGAGAAGAUCGAUGUCUCUACAAAAGGAAGACAACUUGAGUAUACCAAGACACUUUCGCUUCUAACUAGCUUGGACCUCUCAAACAAUAACUUGGGUGGAGAGAUACCAGAAGAACUAACAAAUCUUCAUGGACUGCAGAGUUUGAAUUUAUCAGAAAACCAUUUGAUCGGAAGGAUUCCAAAGAACAUCGACAGAUUAACAAGUUUGGAAUCUCUUGAUUUAUCGAGAAACCAACUCUCCGGUGGAAUCCCUCCAAACGUGUCUGCUUUACACUUCCUUGGUCGCCUGAACUUAUCCUUCAACAACCUGUCCGGCCCAAUUCCACUGACCGGUCAGCUCGAAACCCUUGACGACUCAUCCAUUUACAUGGGCAACCCCGACUUAUGUGGAGCUCCAACCGGAAGGAGAUGCACAGGACUUGAUUUGGUUAAUAAUGGUACAGAACUGGUUGGUAGCCCAAGUGGAAAAGGAGAUGAUGAUGAAGAUGAAGCACUGUGGUUCUACAUCGGCUUGGCUGCAGGGUUUGUAGUUGGGUUUCUGGGAGUUUGUAUUAAUUUGUUGUUGAAUAAAUCUUGGAGGAAUGCGUGGUUUAGGUUUUGUGUUACCGUUGGAAAGUAA